AACCUCAACCUCACCAAAUGAAAUCGCCCAUUCACGUCUAUAUAAGGCCCUAAACCCGGUCCUCCCUUUGCCUUUGAUCCGGUAUAAACCUUGGAAAGCGAAAUGUCUUCACAACCCCGUGAACGCCGCCGGCCUUCCGUUGCGAAAGAUCCCACGCCUCCGCACCACCUCCUUCUAAAGCGCUCCGGCUCGCCCUCCAACGACCCAACUGCAAACUAUGAAAAUGAGGAUUGGGCACAGAAACUUAGCGAAUCCGGCCAGCUGCCUGAAGCAGCAUUGGAUGAAAACGGGCAGAGAAAGGUAGAUGAGGAAAGGGAGGGAAUGAAAGCCGAUGUCGGCGGUGACGACGAUUACGCAAACUACGGGUACAUCGCAACAAAUGUCUACUCCGGCCUCCAUUCCAAGAAAACCGGCAUAUUCAACGAAGCCGGCCCCGGCUCCGGCACCAACACCCCCGGCCUCAUGGGCGGCGACGACGAAGACUACGGCGGUAUGGUCCCGAAGAGCGCGAUCACGAGAGAUUUGCAGAUGUUACAGGGUGGGGCACAAGGCGGACAGAGAGGAUGGGAGACGCCGCCGGAGAGGAGGGCACAGGGGUAUGGUGGGGAGACGGAGACGGCGAACGACGUUGGGGCGUAAGAACAUGAUUGCGUGAAAGACAAGAGACGAUGCACAUGCAAUUGCACUCGCACUCGCACUUGAUGGUCUACUGUGAAGUAGGACAAUAUGAGUUAUCAGUUGUCAUAGGGUGAUUCCGAUCGAGGA